GAUAAAACCAACCUUAUGCGUUGAACACGUCGAAAUUCAACUGCAUUUCCCAUAAUUCCUUGUUUCCGGAUUCGGAAAUCUGAAACGGGAAACAUGCGAAGAGUGAGCCGGAGAGCCUGCGAGGAGGGCCCCCUGCUGGAGGAGCAGGAGACAGAGGGCCAAAGGCAGCUGCACAGCCUGCUGCUGCAGCAGCUCCACACCGGCGUCGACGUUGACCGAUGUGUAGCAAAGAGGCAGUGCUUCGCCCCGGCGUCGCUCUACCGGCCGUUUGGGGAGCAGGCAGCAGGAGUGAGGAGCCUCUCCCAGUUUCAGGCUCUGCAGGAUGGGGAGAAGGAACUGGUCGGCCUGCAGGAACUGGGACUCACUGACGCUGAGAUCCAGCUGUGGCAGAACAGAGAGGCACCAGACAUGUCAGGAGACAAGUCCAACGGUGUGUGUACUGCUCCGGACGCAAGGCGGCAGCGUCUGCAAGCGAUCAGGGACAAGAUCGAAGCUAGAGCGGAGCUGCUGUCCCGACCGCAGCGCUUCUCCGCCAGCCGACCGCUCUCACGCCGGGAGAUGGAGAUCGAACAAGCUCUGUUCCAGGGGAACGACCGGCUGGGUUUCCUCACAGCUCUCUACCACCGAGACGGCAACACAGAGGAGAGCCAGCAGGGGGCAUCAUCCUCUGACCCGAUGGACUCGCUCUACAGAGAUGUUCUGAGGUGUCAGAAACACAUUUCACCAGAGGACUCUGAGGGUCAACAAGCAGUGGGGUCAACAUCUGGUGGUACAUCUGACCAAUCGCAAAGCUCUCAGAGCCAUUCACCUCGCCACGGGUCAGAUCUGCAGAGCGAAGACGCAUCAGAGCAUCAGCAGGACAGAGCAGACACAAAACCGCGAGCUCCUCCUGAACGGAUAGAUCUCAGCCAGCCAAUCGGCAGACUCGGCGGCGCAUCGGGAGCGAAGUCAGGAAAACUGUUAACCGUCAGCGGGGAGAUCAAGACACUUCCAGACGAAGAAAUCCUGAACAACCGUGAAUCUGUCGAGGGGAUCCGGAGCAUGGCACGGUUCCAAAACUACCAGCCGGGAAAACCUUCCAAGGUUCUGUGUGUGAAGAACCUGAGUGCACAGGCAUCCAUCGCACAGCUGGUGGCGCUGUUCUCCAGAUUUGAGCAGAAAGACGGGCCUCCAGUUGUUUACCGACUGCUGACAGGAAGAAUGAAGGGUCAGGCCUUCAUCACGCUGCCAGACACUGAAACGGCCCAAAAUGCCCUGCGGUUGGUCCAUGGAUACCGGUUGCUCGGGAAACCUUUGGUGGUUGAGUUUGGCCGUGAGCGGCAGGAAGAGGAGAAACAGAUGGAGCAGGAAGGAGAGAAGGAGAUGAAAAUAAAAGAGCAAAGAAAAACAAAAAUCCAUCAGACUUGUAAAUAAGCCUGUGAAACUGCACAACAUGAUAUUUGUGUCUCCCUGGAAAAAAACAGAGUGUUGUAUGUUGUAUUAAUAAAUCUUUGCUUUUUUUAA